GCCCGCGUGGUGCGCUCCGGGGCGGCCGCGGCGGGCGGGCAGUAAGGCAGGGCGCGCAGGGUGGUGGCGGCGCAGUCUGCACCAUGGCGUACCCCGGGCACCCUGGCUCCGGCGGCGGCGGCUUCUACCAAAGCCAGUAUGGAGGGGCUCCCGGAGGGCCUUCGUUUCCCGGACAAACUCAGGAUCCGCUGUAUGGUUACUUCGCUUCAGUAGCUGGACAGGAUGGGCAAAUCGAUGCUGAUGAAUUGCAGAAAUGCCUGACCGAGUCGGGCAUUGCUGGAGGAUACAAACCUUUUAACCUGGAGACUUGUCGGCUUAUGGUUUCAAUGCUGGAUAGAGAUCUGUCAGGCACAAUGGGUUUCAGUGAAUUUAAAGAACUGUGGUCUGUACUGAAUGGCUGGAGACAACACUUCAUCAGUUUUGACAGCGAUAGAAGUGGAACAGUGGAUCCUCAAGAACUGCAGAAGGCCCUGACAACAAUGGGAUUUCGGUUGAGUCCCCAGGCCGUGAAUUCAAUUGCAAAACGAUACAGCACCAAUGGAAAGAUCACCUUCGAUGACUACAUAGCCUGUUGCGUCAAACUGCGAGCUCUAACAGACAACUUUCGAAGACGGGAUACUGCUCAGCAAGGUGUUGUGAAUUUCCCAUAUGAUGAUUUCAUUCAGUGUGUCAUGAGUGUUUAAAUCAAGAGGAAGCUGUACGGACAUCAUUGACCUUCCAGCUGGAGUUCUCUUUUGCUUUUAUUCCUUGCCUUCAGUAAUGUGUAAACUUACAUCCCUACUUUUCCUUAAGAACUGUUGUAAAGGUUUACUACUUUAUGUACAUCUGAAGUUUUCUUUUAGUUUAGGUAAUAAAUUCGUUGGAAUUUUAUAAAUAGAAGAUCAAGUCUGUUCCAUCAUUUAGAACUUCCUUGAGCCAUUGUCAUGUGCCUUAUUUUCUUGCUAAACCUCUUAUGCAAAUUUAAGUGUGCAGAAUGUUUAAGGUACGUUCUGUAUUUAUCACUGUAAGGUAUUAAAACCUUGUCAUCAGACUACAGCUCUUGUCAUCCCUCUCCUAGAAGGGCUUUUUCAUGGUAUGGAGUGUUCUUAGUACGUAAAGCUGUAGACCUACUUGGAUGCAAAAAAAAAAAAAAAAAAAAA